GGAGAGCUUGUAUCUGUUUGUGCUGCCCCAGAAAGCUGAGUGAAGCAUCAUGAGCCAUCAGACAGUAAAAAUCUUCAAGAAAUCUGCUAUCCCAGGAGUUGUCAUCACUCAGUUUGUGAAUGAGGUUCCACAGGGAUGCAGUGCACCUGAUUUUGAGAAGAAACCACUCACUCUGACACUGCAGGAAGGUAAAAAUGCCAUUUUCAGAGCUGUGGUCAAAGGUGUCCCAGCUCCUGAGGUGAAAUGGUCACGGACACGGAAAGGAAUGGAUGAUCCUGCCAAAUAUGAAAUGUCCUUCAACAGUGCUACAAAUGAAUUCAUUCUGCAGAUCAGGAGCCUGGUUCUGGAUGACAGUGAUCUGUAUCGCUGCUGUGCUGUCAAUGCCUACGGGGAGGCCUCGUGCUGUGCUGGCCUCAGGAUCAUCCAAGUUGGCUUUAAGAGAAAGGCGAAAUAUGUUCCUGUUCAUGCUGCUGAUGAGCUCAAGAAGACACUGCAGGACUCCAGGAAGCUGCUGAGGAAGAGGGUUGUAGCACCAAAACCAAAGCCCCUGGACAAAGAAGCUGUGUGGCAACUGUUGCUGCAUGCAGAUAGGAGAGAUUAUGAGAAAAUCUGUAUGAAAUAUGGAAUUGUUGACUUCCGUGGGAUGCUGAAGAAGCUGCAGGAGAUGAGGCAGGACACAGAGACUGAACAAGACAAGUUAAUUCACAGUCUUAAAAACUUUGAACACAUCAAAGUCAACAAGGAGGGAAAUGCUACGUUCAGCCUGGAGAUGGAGCUGAAAAACAGCAACAGCAACGUUUACCUGCUCAAGGACGGCGAGCGGCUGCGCUACGGGACGGGGGACGAGUACAGGAAGCACUGCCUGAGGAGGGCGGGCAGGAGGUUCUGCUUCACUGUCAACGACGUGCAGCCCGAGGACGCGGGCGUCUACCAGGUCAGGGUGGAGGAUGUCCCUGUCUUCUCUACUGAGCUGGAUGCUCAAGCCAUCCCGGUGCGGUUCCGGCAGCCGCUGGCGGACGUGCGCUGCGCCGAGGCCGGCGACGCCGAGUUCCAGUGCGAGCUGUGCUCGCCCUGCCACCAGCCCCUGUGGCUGCACAGGAGCCACCCCCUGCAGGCCAGCCACAAGCACGAGAUGUCCGUGAGCCCCGAUGGGCUGAGGCACCGGCUGGUGGUGAGGAGCGUGGGGCCGUCGGACAGCGGGCUGUACACGCUGGACGCGGGGCAGGGCUCCAGCAGCGCCUGGCUGCUCGUGGAGUAUGCCAAAGGAAAGAGGAGACAGGAUGAAGGAGAAAAGAUUGAAAGGGAGACAUCUGAGUGGCUGAAAGAAACCAUGGCAGACAACGAAAGGGCGAGGAAGCUCCGGCGCCAAGAACAGGCUGCUGCUGCUGGAGAUCAUCCUUCCUUUUCCACAUCCUCUGCUGUGGAGAAAAGUGGCUGGUGCAGAACUGGUCAAGGCAGCAGUCAAAGCAGGGGCCAAGGGCACUCCAUUGAUUCUGAUGAUGGAAGCCAAAGAUUUCUGGGAAAAGAAGGGCUACGUAAAACCCACAUAAAUGGAGAGGUGGGGUCUGGGCAGUUUUCAGGAGCAGGUCUAGAUGGAGAUUCAGCAGCCUCUGAUGGCAGCAUCUUUGGACUAAAAGGCUUAGAAGGCAGAAGUAGGUUAAGGGCUGUCCAUAGCAUGGACUCUGUAUCAGGCAGAGCAGGUCCUGGUGGGGCAGAUGGGCAUCCCACUGUGGGUGAUGUGAACGGAGCAGGAAUCAACAGAGAGGGACAAACAGGGACUCCCUAUGGCAAGGAUGGCCUGACACCUCAUGCCAGUGGUCAGUUAGGGCUGACAGGAAGAUCUGGCUCGCUGUAUGGGCCAGGAGGCCUUCCAGGUGGAGAUGGGGCUAUACCUGGUGCUGGUGGCAAUUCCACAGGAGAAAUGGAGGCUUUGUAUGGUCCAGAUGGUCAGGCACUGGGAACAGGUGCUGGUGGUGCUGGUGCAGGGGGAUUUGGAUCUGCCUAUGGAAAGGAUGGUCUCCCAGCUGGGGCUGGUUUUGGUGGUGCUGGUGCAGGGGGAUUUGGAGUUCCCUAUGGAAAGGAUGGUUUUCCCAUUGGAGGAGGUGUUGGUGGGGCUGGUGCAGGGGGACUUGGAUCUCCCUAUGGAAAGGAUGGUCUCCCAGCUGGGGCUGGUGCUGGUGGGGCUGGUGGUGCAGGGGGACUUGGAUCUCCCUAUGGAAAGGAUGGUCUCCCAGCUGGGGCUGGUGGUGCUGGAGCAGGAUUUGGAGAAGCUUUGUAUGGUCCAGAUGGCCAGCCACUUGGACCUGGUGCUGGUGCAGGGGGAUUUGGAGCUCCCUAUGGAAAGGAUGGUCUCCCAGCUGGGGCUGGUUUUGGUGGUGCUGGUGCAGGGGGAUUUGGAGUUCCCUAUGGAAAGGAUGGUUUCCCAGUUGGAGCAGGUGGUGGUGCUGGUGCAGGGGGAUUUGGAGCUCCCUAUGGAAAGGAUGGUCUCCCAGCUGGGGCUGGUUUUGGUGGUGCUCCAGGUGGUGGUUUUGGAGGUGCUGGAUCUCCUUAUGGAAAGGAUGGUCUGCCAGCUGGAGCAGAUGCUGCUGGUGCAGGAGGAUUUGGCUCUCCAUAUGGAAAGGAUGGUCUCCCAGCUGGAGCAGGUGCUGGUGGAGCAGGGGGAGUUGGGGGUCCCUAUGGAAAGGAUGGUCUCCCAGUUGGGGCUGGUUUUGGUGGUGCUGGUGCAGGGGGAUUUGGAUCCCCAUAUGGAAAGGAUGGUUUUCCCAUUGGAGCAGGUGUUGGUGGGGCUGGUGGUGCAGGGGGAUUUGGAUCUCCCUAUGGAAAGGAUGGUCUCCCAGUUGGGGCUGGUUUUGGUGGUGCUGGUCCAGGUGGUGGUUUUGGAGGUGCUGGAUCUCCUUAUGGAAAGGAUGGUCUGCCAGCUGGAGCAGAUGCUGCUGGUGCAGGAGGAUUUGGGGAGGCUUUAUAUGAUGGUCAGCCACUUGGAGCAGGUGUUGGUGGUACUGCUGGUGCAGGAGGAUUUGGCUCUCCAUAUGGAAAGGAUGGUCUCCCAGCUGGAGCAGGUGCUGGUGGAGCAGGGGGAGUUGGGGGUCCCUAUGGAAAGGAUGGUCUCCCAGCUGGGGCUGGUUUUGGUGGUGCUGGUGCAGGGGGACUUGGAUCUCCCUAUGGAAAGGAUGGUUUUCCCAUUGGAGCAGGUGUUGGUGGGGCUGGUGGUGCAGGGGGACUUGGAUCUCCCUAUGGAAAGGAUGGUCUCCCAGCUGGGGCUGGUGCAGGGGGAUUUGGAGAAGCUUUGUAUGGUCCAGAUGGUCGGCCACUUGGAGCUGGUGUUGGGGGUGGUGUUGGUGCAGGGGGAUAUGGAGUUCCCCAUGGAAAGGAUGGUCUCCCAGCUGGGGCUGGUGCUGGUGGGGCUGGUGGUGCAGGGGGACUUGGACCUCCCUAUGGAAAGGAUGGUCUCCCAGCUGGGGCUGGUGGUGCUGGUGCAGGAUUUAGAGAGGCUUUGUAUGGUCCAGAUGGCCAGCCACUUGGAGCAGGUGGUGCUGUUUCUGCAAGUGCUGGGGGAAUUGGAGCUCCCUAUGGAAAGGAUGGUCUCCCACUUGGAGCAGGUGCUGGUGUUACUGGUGCAGGGGGUGUUGGGGGUCCCUAUGGAAAGGAUGGUCUCCCAGUUGUUUCUGGAGCAGGUGUUAGUGGCUCAGGGGGAGUUGGGGGUCCCUAUGGAAAGGAUGGUCUCCCAGCUGGAGCAGGUGCAGGGGUGGUUGGGGGUCCCUAUGGAAAGGAUGGUCUCCCAGCUGGAGCAGGUGCUGGGGUGGUUGGGGGUCCCUAUGGAAAGGAUGGUCUGCCAAUGGGAGCAGGUGCUGGGGUGGUUGGGGGUCCCUAUGGAAAGGAUGGUCUCCCAGCUGGAGCAGGUGCAGGGGUGGUUGGGGGUCCCUAUGGAAAGGAUGGUCUCCCACUUGGAUCAGGUGCUGGUGUUACUGGUGCAGGGGGCAUUGGGGGUCCCUAUGGAAAGGAUGGUCUGCCAGUGGGAGCAGGUGCUGGGGUAAGUGGCUCAGGGGUGGUUGGGGGUCCCUAUGGAAAGGGUGGUCUCCCAGCUGGAGCUGGUGCUGGGGUAAGUGGUUCAGGGGUGGUUGGGGGUCCCUAUGGAAAGGAUGGUCUCCCAGCUGGAGCAGAUGUUGGGGGUCCCUAUGGAAAGGAUGGUCUCCCACUUGGAGCAGGUGCUGGUGUUAGUGGCUCAGGGGUGGUUGGGGGUCCCUAUGGAAAGGAUGGUCUCCCAGCUGGAGCAGGUGUUGGGGGUCCCUAUGGAAAGGAUGGUCUCCCAGCUGGAGCAGGUGUUGGGGGUCCCUAUGGAAAGGAUGGUCUGCCAGUGGGAGCAGGUGCUGGGGUAAGUGGCUCAGGGGGUGUUGGGGGUCCCUAUGGAAAGGAUGGUCUCCCAGCUGGAGCAGGUGCAGGGGUGGUUGGGGGUCCCUAUGGAAAGGAUGGUCUCCCAGCUGGAGCAGGUGUUAGUGGCUCAGGGGGUGUUGGGGGUCCUUAUGGAAAGGAUGGUCUCCUGGCUGGGGCUGGUGUUAGUGGCUCAGGGGGUGUUGGGGGUCCCUAUGGAAAGGAUGGUCUCCUGGCUGGAGCUGGUGUUAGUGGCUCAGGGGGUGUUGGGGGUCCCUAUGGGAAGGAUGGUCUCCUGGCUGGGGCUGGUGUUAGUGGCUCAGGGGGUGUUGGGGGUCCCUAUGGGAAGGAUGGUCUCCUGGCUGGAGCAGGUGUUGGGGGUCCCUAUGGAAAGGAUGGUCUCCCAGCUGGAGCUGGGGCUGUGGCAGGAGCUGCUCAUUUCCCUCUUGGAGAUGAGGGGGCAAUGGGAUCUGGCCAUGGUGUGGAUGCCACACUGAGCAGAGCUCCAGGACAUGCAGGAGGAGAGGGCUUCUUUGGGGAAGGCUCUGCACUGUGGGGUGCAGGGCCUCCCUCUGGCAAGGACAGAGGGUCAGCUGUAGGCAUGGCUGGUACAGGUGGGGUUGGGAGGCUGGGAGGGGAUGAAUGGGACUCAGUCAAUGGUAAAGCAGGUGUAGGAGGUGUGGGAGGUGCCGGUGGGCCAGGUGGUGAGUAUGGGCUGGAUGCACAUCUUGGCAGAUCUUCGAGAGGUGAAACUGGAAAGGGCUCUGCCAGUGACAUCAGAGGGCCAGGGAACAAAGGUUCAGCUGGUGACAGAGGGUCUCUGUCAGGUCCAGGAGGAGCCAGGGCAGAGGACAGAGAUUUCAGGCAGUUGGGCUCCCUAUAUUCUGCCUUUGGAGGGGCAGGGAGUAAAUCCCAUGACAGAUCUGUUGAUGGGAGUAGUUCAGGUGGAUUUGGUCAAGGUCCACUGAGUUAUGGCCAGAUGUCAGGUCCUGGUAGUGAACCUCCUUCAGCAAAUCAGAGAAACCAGGAACCUGACCUGGAUCUUAAAGCAAAUGAUUCCCUGAACAAGACGGAAAGCGCAGGAAAAAAGAGACGGAGUGUCCUGGAUGAUCUCAAAGUGCCACGCUGUUACCUCAACAAGCAGCUGGCAACCGUGCGAGUGCUGAAGGGGGAGCCAGCUGAGCUGUCCUGCACCGUCAGCAGGGACAACGUGGCAGGAACCUGGUUUAAGGAUGGCCUGAAGUUAACAAGCAUGGAUGGAGUCGUCUUUGAAAAGAAAGGUCUUGUCCACAAACUGAUCAUUAACAAAGCAGAUGAUAUUCAUGCUGGGAAAUACAGGUUUGAAGGUGGAGAUGUGAAAACUGAAGCUUCAAUUUUUGUUGAAGAUCCUCCCCAGGUGGACAAAGUCCUCCUCAAGAACUUGACCAGUGUCCCCACGGUGGCCAAGGCUGGGGAGGGGGUGAAGCUGCGGAUCCCGUUCGAGGGCCGGGGGCCCAUCAGGGCAGCGUGGCUGAAGGACAGGAUGGAGCUGGGCAGUGACACCAGGGUCCGUGUGGACAAGACAGACACCUGCACCACGCUGUCCAUCUCCAGCUGCGACAGGAGGGACUGUGGCGAUUACAAAGUCAGGCUCAAGAACGACAGUGGUGUCCUGGAGAUCAACCUCAAGCUCAUGGUGAUAGACAAGCCACAGCCCCCAGCAGGACCCAUCAAAAUUGUGGAAAGGUCUGCUGACAACAUCACGAUCCAGUGGAAGCCCCCAAAGGACGACGGGGGCAAACCAGUGCAAAGGUACCUCGUGGAGAGGCAGCAGGUGGGCAGGAACGACUGGGAGACUUUGGGAGAAACCCCCAGGAGCUGCACCAGCUUCACCACCAGCAAAGUGGAGGAGGACAUGAGCUACUACUUCAGGGUGAGGGCUGUGAAUGCUGAGGGAGUGAGCGACGCGCUGGAGUCAGAGGAGGUGAAGGCUGCUGGUAAAGCUUCCCCUGGUGCCCCAGAUCCCCCUGAGAUCAUCAGUACCAGCAGGGACACCAUCACCAUAUCCUGGAAAGCUCCUUGUAAAUCUGGCGCUUCCCAAAUUAUGGGAUACAUUGUUCAGAAACGCAAGAAGGGCACUGUGACCUGGCUGCCAGUCACCAAUGUGCCUGUCAAAGACAAGAAGCUGAAGGUGCCCGGCCUCAAGAAGGGAGUGCAGUACGAGUUCCGUGUGGCAGCUGUCAAUGCUGCUGGCACGGGGCAGCCCAGUGACCCCUCCCAGCCCGCCUGUGCCCGGGACCCCGCCCAAUCUCCAGGCCAAGUGCAGGACCUUAAAGUGAGCAGCAGCGACAGCACCAGUGUCACCCUGACAUGGAGCAAACCUGAAGUACAAGAUGGGAAUGACGUGAAAGGCUAUGAGGUGGAGAUGAGGCCCUGGAACAGCCUCACCUGGACCAAGUGCUUCACCCUCCCUGCAGACAGCACCUCGUGCAGGGUGCAGGGCCUGCAGGCCCGGGAGAAGCUGCUCCUGCGCGUCAGGGCCCUCAGCGACCGCGGCCCCGGCGAGGCCCUGGAGCUGGAGGCCUGUGCUGGAGCUGCUGCUCCCGUGGUCUCUCCCAGGUUGCUGAUAGAUGACACAGUGAAAAGCUUCCUGGUUAUAAAAGCAGGGAAUCCCAUCCGGGUGAAGAUUCCCUUUGAGGGAUCUCCUGAGCCAGUGGUGACCUGGUUAAAGGAUGGGCUGCCCCUUCCCAGCCAGGCUGUGGUGAGCACUGAGGAUGGGAGCACCCAGCUGCUGCUCAGGGCAGCCGAGUUCAGUGACAGCGGCACCUACACUGUGCAGCUGGGGGAUGAGCUGGGGAAGAGGGAAACCUUCAGCUUCCAGGUUCAAAUUGCAGAUAUCCCUCAGCCCCCUGGAGCCAUCCAGCUGGAGGAGAACGUUCCCAGCACAGUCACAGUGACCUGGGAGCCCUCAGCAUCCGAGCAGUGGGACAAGAACCUCUAUUACACAGUCCUGAAACGGGAAUCCCAGAAGGGUCUGUGGCACGUGCUGGGGGACCUCAUCUACAACAACAAGUUCACCUUCACCAGGCUGGUCCCAGGCAGGGAUUAUUACUUCAGGGUUGUGGCAAAAAAUGACCUGGGAGCCAGUGAUCCAUCAGAUACUGUGCAGCCCUGGAGGAUCUGGAAAAAAAAGGCUGAGUUUCGAGUGAAAGCACAGGAAUACAGGGGAGUUAACCAGAAGCAGCCCCCGAGGUUCCUGGUGCCGCUCAGGUCCCACGUGGUGGUGACGGGCAGCGAGUGCCACAUGAGCUGCGCCGUCGGGGGCCAUCCCCCCCCCAAAAUCACAUGGUACAAGGACAGCAGAGACCUCUCCAGAGACCCCAACUACUUCUGCACCAACGACUUCGGCGUGUGCUCCCUGGUGGUGCUGGGGGUCACCAAGCAGGACGAGGGGGAGUACAUGGUGCAAGCCAGCAACGACGUGGGGCGUGCCUACAGCAAAGCCUUCCUGGCCAUCAGAGACUCCUCCCUGUAGAGUGGCUCUGCUGAGAACAUCCCUGCAUGGCUCCGAGGAUGAGAAGGUUUUGGUGAGGACUCAUCCAUAUGAAGGCUGUGCAUUUGUUGUCAGAUGUUCUUCACAGUCUGAGGCUGUUAUUUUUCAGAUUCAGUAAUUGCACUUUGAACAUAGUGCUGCAUUGUCAUCAAUACUGGGGGGAAAAAAGCUUUAAAAGCACUGUAUUUUUUUUUUUUUUUUAAUGAUCAGGCUUUCCAUGAGACCUUUAGGACACAGCUUAGAAGCUUCAGGAACACAGAAGAUGAGAGGAAAAAUAAUUGGUCAAAAUGAAAUUUUCUAUAGAGAACACAGCUGGGAGAGACCAUCCUGCCACACCACUCAUCUGCAACAAGGAAAUUUCUGGACAUCAGCAAUCUCUGGUCCUUCCACUAUGCUUUUUCAAGCCAAACAAUCACUUUGGAUUCCAUGUGAUUCUCUGCAGGUUUCUCAAAUCUAGCAGAAGCAGUUCUGCAUGUGUUUUACUACCAGUAGCAGUUAAGUAAAUUAUCUUCCCUA